AAGCAGAGGAAUGUGUAAGUCAGAGAAAAAUAAAUAAAAAUAUGUUUUGUAGAGAGUCAUCGUCGAGUCUCCAGACUGUGAACAUAGCAAAGAGUCUCAGCUCUUUGUUCCCUAAGCCAUCAGCGCUCAUAAACCCCAUCUUUGUAGGACGUAGAGACAAGCUGCCUCGUGGAGGACGAUGUAAGGUCACCGCCUCACGGGCUAAUACUGAACAUGGAGGUAAUGUAGUGAGAAAAAACGCUCCGAAAAUUAAAGUAAAGGGAUUUAUAACAGCCCAAGAAGAGUCUCGGGGCAUACCCUUUUCUAGACCUCUCGAUCAAAUAGCUGAUAUCCGCGGCAAAUCACUGCUUGUGGAGCUUAUCAGCGCCGAGACUGACCCACGGACGGGGACAGAGAAGGAUCCCGUAGAAGACUACGCACAACGUAUAUGGUGUGAAGCCCCUGAUGAGAAAUAUGAGUGCGAGUUUGAGAUGCCUGAAGAUUUUGGAACCAUUGGGGCCAUCAGGGUUCAAAACCAGUACCAUAGAGAGUUGUUCCUCAAGAAGAUGGAGAUUAAGUUACCUGACGGGUCCGUUACAUUUACAUGUGACUCAUGGAUCGCCCCUAAGUCCGAGGACCCAGCCAUGCGGAUAUUCUUCUCUAGCAACUCGUACUUGCCUUCCCAAACACCGGAGCCUCUUAAACAGUUUCGAAAGAAGGAGCUAGACACCUUAAAAGGCAAUAACCGCGAAAAACUUGGUGAAUUUACCAAGUACGAGCGUGUUUACGACUAUGAUGUGUACAACGAUCUUGGUGACCCUGACAAUGAUCCUGAACUUGCUCGUCCAGUAAUUGGAGGCCUUUCACAUCCUUAUCCAAGGCGUUGCAAGACUGGUCGCAAACCUUGUGAGUCUGACCCCUCCUCAGAGCAACGCUACGGUGGAGAAUUUUAUGUCCCUAGAGACGAGGAGUUCUCUACAGCCAAGGGAACUUCAUUCACAGGCAAGACUAUCUUGGCAGCUAUUCCUGCGGUGUUCCCUCAGAUUGAGUCUGUUCUGUUGGAUCCCCAUUUGCCUUUUCCACACUUCAAGGCCAUACAAAAUCUCUUUGAAGAAGGCAUUGAGCUUCCUAAGGAUGCUGGCCUUUUACCUUUGCUCCCAAGACUCAUCAAAGCUGCUACUGAAGCUCGCGAUGAUAUUCUCCAGUUUGAAGCCCCAGUCCUCAUUAACAGGGAUGGGUUUUCAUGGUUACGAGACCACGAGUUUGCUCGCCAGACACUUGCGGGCCUUAAUCCUUAUUGCAUUGAACUAGUUAAAGAGUGGCCGUUGAAAAGCAAACUAGACCCGGCCAUUUAUGGUGAUCCCACCUCACUCAUUACUUGGGAUAUUGUGGAAAAAGAAGUUAAAGGAAACAUGUCAGUUGAUGAGGCUCUAAAGAGUAAGAGAUUGUUCGUGCUGGACUAUCACGAUUUGCUUCUACCGUAUGUGAACAAAGUGAGAGAGUUGGAUAAUACCACCUUAUAUGCGUCUCGAACACUGUUCUUCCUCAGCGAUGAUAGCACAUUGAGGCCUGUUGCCAUUGAGUUGACAUGUCCCCCAAAUAUCAACAAGCCUCAAUGGAAGCAAGUUUUCACCCCAGGUUAUGAUGCUACCUCAUGCUGGCUGUGGAGCCUUGCUAAGACUCAUGCUAUAUGUCAUGACGCCGGUUAUCACCAGCUUAUUUCUCAUUGGUUGAGGACUCAUUGUUGUAUGGAGCCAUACAUAAUAGCGGCGAACAGACAACUAAGUGCCAUGCAUCCCAUCUACAGGCUUUUGCAUCCUCACUUCCGCUACACCAUGGAGAUCAACGCUCGUGCACGCCAAAGUCUUAUCAAUGGAGGUGGAAUCAUUGAGACUUGUUUUUGGCCCGGGAAGUAUUCAGUAGAGCUAAGUUCAGACGUCUAUGAUAAAUUAUGGAGGUUUGACAUGGAAGGCUUACCUGCCGAUCUCAUCAGAAGGGGGCUGGCUGAGGAAGAUGAGACCGCAAAACAUGGACUACGCCUGACGAUACCAGACUACCCAUUUGCGAAUGACGGUCUAAUAUUGUGGGAUGCAAUUAAGGAAUGGGUGACAGACUAUGUGAAACACUAUUAUCCCGAUGCAGAACUGAUCAAGUUGGACGAGGAACUCCAAGGAUGGUGGAGUGAAGUGCGGAACGUAGGGCACGGUGACAAGAAAGACGAACCUUGGUGGCCUGUCCUCGAAACACAAGAUGACUUGAUUGGUGUGUUAACAACGAUUGCGUGGGUCGCCUCAGGUCACCAUGCAGCUGUGAACUUUGGACAGUAUGGAUAUGGAGGAUACUUUCCCAACCGACCAACCACAACAAGGAUAAGAAUGCCAGUGGAAGAACCGACAGAUGAAGAGCUAAAGGAGUUUUUUGAGACGCCAGAGAAAGUGAUGCUUAAGACAUACCCAUCUCAAAAGCAAGCGACCCUAGUGAUGGUCACUUUGGAUCUUUUAUCAACUCAUUCACCUGACGAAGAGUACAUCGGAGAAUACCCAGAAGCAUCUUGGGCGAACGACCCUAUUAUAUUUGCUGCUUAUGAACGUUUUAAAGGCAGGCUCCAAUAUCUAGAAGGAGUGAUAGAUGAGAGAAACGUGACCCUUUCUCUAAAGAAUAGAGCGGGAGCUGGUGUAGUUAAGUAUGAGCUUUUGAAGCCCAUAUCUGAGGCUGGCGUUACCGGAAUGGGUGUUCCCUACAGUAUUUCUAUUUGAUCUAUACAUUUUCUUUCUCAAAAUUUCUUUCUUCUUCUUUAUGUCUUCAAAAAAAAAAAAAAACUAAAUGAUUCAUUGUCUUUUCAAUAUAAAUAUCUCAAGUCUACAUUGCUAGAGAAUAAUAAUACCAAAUGUUUUUAGA